AUGGCUGCCCCUGAAGUCCAUCAUUUGUUUCACAGCCCAAUUGCGGACCACUCCUUUUCCAGCGACCGGAACACUCUUGCUGUUGCACGGGAGAACAAUGUCGAGCUUUAUCAGCGGUCAGGCAACAAGUUUUCCUUGACCGACGAACUCAAGGGUCAUGAGAAGAUUGUAACAAGCGUUGAUAUUGCUCCCAACAGCGGUCGCAUUGUCACUUGCUCGCAGGACCGUAAUGCCUACGUUUGGGAGCAUACUCCGUCAGGCUGGAAACCCACUUUGGUUCUUCUUCGUAUCAACAGAGCUGCGACAUUUGUGCGCUGGUCACCUUCGGAGCAAAAGUUUGCCGUCGGCUCCGGAGCCCGUGUCAUCGCAGUAUGUUACUUCGAGGAGGAGAACGACUGGUGGAUCUCGAAGCACUUGAAGAAGCCCAUUCGAAGCACCAUCACAACUCUCGCCUGGCAUCCGAACUCUGUUUUGCUGGCCGCCGGAUCGACAGACUCUCACGCCAGAGUGUUCUCUAGCUUCAUCAAGGGAGUCGACACUCGUCCGGAGCCAAGUGCCUGGGGAGAACGUCUCCCGUUCAACACAAUUUGUGGAGAGUACCUUAAUGACUCGGCCGGAUGGAUUCAGGGCGUCUGUUUUUCCCCAAGUGGAAACGCUCUUGCUUUCACUGCCCAUGAUAGCAGUGUCACCGUUAUUUACCCCAGUGCCCCCGAACAGCCUCCUCGGGCUAUGUUGAAUAUCACUACUCGUCUUCUGCCGUUCAAUAGCUUGAUUUGGAAUGGAGAGAAUGAGAUCAUUGCGGCCGGUCAUGAUUGCGAGCCAUUCCGCUUCCGUGGUGAUGAGAAUGGAUGGGAACUGACAGGAGCUAUUGAGAGCAAGACAGGAGGAGGUGCCGGCAGCGUGCGAGAGGAAUCUGCCCUCAACAUGUUCCGUCAAAUGGACCUCAAGGGUCAGGCUCAGGCGGACACGCAGCUCAAGACUGUCCACCAGAACACCAUUAACACGAUCAGGGUCUACGAAGAGGCUGAUGGCGCUGUCAGCAAGUUUAGUACGAGCGGUGUUGAUGGUCGUGUCGUUGUCUGGGCCAUCUAG